UACAUGCGAGGUGUAAUGUAGUGCUCGUCUAGGCAGUAAUGCGCUAUUUGGUAUACAACCAUUCACGUGCAAGUAAUGCUUCCGCUUUGUUCCCGUGGCAACAUUAGGCUCCGCCACCAAACUUCAGGCAGUUCAGGGAUCAAAUUGCAACACUGACUGUCAACAGUAGAGGUUUGAAAUGCCUACCUCAUCAUCAGCAUCUAAGGCUUCCUUAAAGGAUGGGUUGAGAAAGUGCACCUCCCUUCCUCCCAUCCCAAGCCUUCCAGACCAGGAAAACUCCAGCCUUCCUGAGCACAGAGCGGUAGUGCGGAGAAAACUCCUUCGCUACAGCAGGAGUAAACAACAGCAACAUGAACUGCAUAAAACCAUGGUUGCAAUUGCAGCAAAAGCUUACAAAAAGGCCAAGGACACAACCCCAGAGGAUUCUCCAUACUGUGAACCUCAGUUUCCCUCAACAAUGAUGAGUGAAGCAAGAAAACAACGUAUGAACUACAUGUUCCUAAAGCAGUGCGUGGAAAGUAGACCCAUUGUACCCAUUCAGCAGCAGUGGCUGGACAACAUGUCGAGCCUCAUACCACCUCAGCUCCGGCUGGGACCUGGCAGAACGGAGCUGCUGGAGGAACUGUGCGAGGAGGUCAGAGAGAAUUUCCUUAGCACCAUGGUUAGGUUCACAGUUGACAGUAUGCUUCAGAAGCCACAGAUGGAUACAGAUGCUCCUUUACAAAAAUCACCUGCACCCAAUAUUCUUGAUUUCAGCAGGCCAUGGCAUAACAGCUUCAUCAGGAGUCGAAAGAAGAUCAAAGAGAAUUUGCACGUCCUACACCCAGUAAUGAAAGUCAUUUUGGAUACCUGUUACAUAACAUUUUCUCAGCUGCUCCUGGUUGAUAUCUCAGACUGCAGGUCUAAAGGCCCUGUGGGCUGUAAGAACCUAAAGAACAAAGUGUCGGUGGAGUGUGCGAAACUCGAGGAGAAGCUCAUGAACACCUGGUUCCCAAAGGUUAUUCACUUGCUCACCAACAAGAACACAGUGCAAAGAAUCAGACGAGAGAAGCUGGAUGCCUUUUAUAACUGUGCUUCAACACUUCUCUCCAAUCAGCUGAAGGCUCUGAUUGAGAGAAGUGUGGAGGCAUUUGUUAGUCUGUUUGAACCCCUCAACAAGCAGAAGCUUCCCCGUUUCAAGAUGGACUUGACCUUUGAUGAUGAGAAGAUGGACUUCUAUCCCAGCUUUGAGGAUUUGGAGGAGGCUGUGUUAGAGAUUCUCAACUCCAUCAUCAAUACUUUGCAGAAUGUCCAGACUGUUCAGUCCUGGCUAGAUGCGGCGAAUAAUUCGGUGGUUGAUGCUAAGCUGGCAGACCACAUUGUCAUGUGGGCACAGACUACACUGAAGAACGCUGUCCGUGAAAACCUAGAGGCACCCGCAAAACACUUUCAGUAUUAUUUUGACAACUAUGAUUGGCUAGUCAAUGGGAGCGCACAGAAUCUGGUAGAGAAAUUUAUGAAGGAGGAGCACUGUUUUGAUCAGUAUACUGAGCAAGUGGAGGUGUUCCGUACUCUGUCCAAAGAGAUCUCCAGCCUUCCCGCAGUGGUUUAUUUUGACAUGAUCUGCUUGGACUGUGAGGAACUCAAACAAGGGCUGGCAAAGAAAGCACAGACUUUUGCUCAAAUCCUUGUGGCACGACUGAUCAGCACACAUCGUGAACAAUGCCUUCAGAUCUGUAAAGAGUUUGAGACCAUUCGGGACAAGGCUAUAAAAAACCCAAACACAACAGAAGAUAUGACAGAGAUGAUUGCAUAUAUUGGUUAUGCCAAAACCAAAGGAAUUGAAGAGCUGGGCAGUAAGAUAAUGGAAACACUUCGUAGAUUAAAUUACCUACUGGAUGUACACAUAUUUGAUGCAGAAGACUUGGAGCUUCAUUCAACAGUGCUGCUGUGGCCACAAAAUAUUAAUCCAAUUUUUGAGCUCAGUGCUGAGGUGUUGGAAAAAGCCAGGAAGAAAGGUGAGCAGGAGCUGCUGGGUAGAAGGGAGAAGCUGAUGCUGGAGCUUGAGAAACUCGGCCGAAGGACUGAGGAGUAUGCAGAAUGCUCAGAACUGGAUAUGAUGCAACAGUAUGUGAUAGAUGUAAGAACAGUACAGAAGAGACUUCAGGAAAUUGAAGAGUCGAUUGUCUUCAUCAACAAAGAGGAGGCUCUGUACAAUUGGGACCUAACUGUUUAUCCAGCGGUUGAUAUGAUCAAGGAGAACAUUGAUCCAUAUCAGAAGCUGUUUGGGCUUGUACUAAAAUGGCAGCGCACUGAAAAGAGAUGGAUGGAUGGUUCCUUCUUAGAUUUGAAUGGUGAAAGCAUGGAGGUAGAGGUGGAUGAGUUUCUUCGAGAAAUCUACAAGUGUCAAAAAAUGUUCCAGCAGAAACGGAAGAAGGCUGAGCAGGAGAGCGAGAAUGUGGCUGCGGUAAAGAGACAGCCUGGAGAAGAAGAUAGAGACAAACAGGAGAGUCCUACUGCUGCAGUCUGCUGCAGAGUCAUAGAGCAAAUUAAAGAAUUCAAGGAGCACAUCCCAACAGUGUCCAUACUGUGUAAUCCUGGAAUUACGGUUCGACACUGGGAGCAGAUGUCAGAGAUUGUGAACUAUGACAUGAUGCCCAACUCAGGCACCACACUGCGUAAAGUCCUUAAACAAAAUGUCACCCCUUACAUGGAGCAGUUUGAGACCAUCAGUGCAGCUGCCAGCAAAGAAUUCUCUCUGAAGAAGGCCAUGCAGAAUAUGGUGGAGGCUUGGGAUGGCAUGUCAUUCCAUCAUCAUGCAUACAGGGAGUCUGGUGUGUCUAUCCUUACUGCAGUGGAUGAAAUUCAAACUAUGUUGGAUGACCAGAUAGUGAAAACCCAGACUAUGAGAGGCUCCCCUUUUAUCAAACCUUUUGAGGCAGAGAUCAAGGCCUGGGAAGAACGUUUGAUCCAUAUCCAGGACACCAUAGAUGAGUGGCUAAAGGUACAGGCCCAGUGGCUGUACUUGGAGCCCAUCUUUAGCUCACAGGACAUCAUGCAGCAGAUGCCUGAAGAGGGACGGUUAUUCCAGAUGGUGGACAGACACUGGAAGGAAGUUAUGAAACACUGUGUGAAAGACUCAAAAGUUUUAGCAGCAACUUCGCUAUCUGGCUUACUUGAGAAGCUUCAGGACUCAAAUAACCUUCUAGAGCAAAUUAUGAAGGGACUGAAUGCUUACCUUGAGAAGAAAAGACUGUUCUUUCCACGUUUUUUCUUCCUGUCAAAUGAUGAGAUGCUGGAGAUCCUCUCUGAAACCAAGGACCCUCUGCGUGUACAGCCUCACCUGAAAAAGUGCUUUGAGGGCAUUGCCAAGCUGGAUUUCCUGCCCAACUUAGACAUCCAGGCCAUGUACAGUAGUGAGGGUGAGCGUGUGGGCCUGAUUCAGCUGAUCUCCACUUCUGAGGCACGGGGAGCGGUGGAGAAGUGGCUUGUGCAGGUGGAGGAUAUGAUGCUGCGUAGUGUCAGGGAUGUAAUUAACCGAGCCAGACUGGCUUAUCCAGAGUCCAAGAGGAGUCAGUGGGUUUGUGACUGGCCUGGCCAGGUGGUGCUCUGUACCUCUCAAAUAUACUGGACCCUAGAAGUGCAUGAUGCUAUCCGGAGUGGAAUAAAUGGUCUGAAGAAUUACUAUGAUCAGCUGCAGAGCCAGCUGAAUGACAUUGUGGAGCUAGUCAGGGGAAAACUGCCCAAACAGACUCGUACUACCCUAGGAGCACUGGUCACUAUAGAUGUGCAUGCCCGUGAUGUUGUAAUGGAAAUGAUCCAGAAAGGUGUUUCUUGUGACACAGACUUCCAAUGGUUAGCACAGCUACGUUACUACUGGAAAGAUGAAAAUGUCCGUGUCUGUAUCAUAAAUUGUGAUGUCAAAUAUGCUUAUGAGUAUUUGGGAAAUUCGCCUCGUUUGGUCAUCACACCUUUAACAGACCGAUGCUACCGAACUUUGAUUGGAGCAUUUUAUCUGAAUUUAGGUGGGGCUCCUGAAGGCCCUGCAGGAACAGGAAAGACGGAGACCACUAAAGACUUGGCCAAAGCCCUUGCUGUGCAGUGUGUAGUGUUCAACUGCUCUGAUGGACUUGACUACCUAGCCAUGGGGAAAUUCUUUAAAGGACUGGCAUCCUCGGGGGCAUGGGCAUGCUUUGAUGAGUUUAACCGUAUAGAGCUGGAGGUGCUUUCUGUGGUGGCACAGCAGAUCUUAUGCAUUCAGAGAGCCAUUGAGAUGAAGUUGGAGGUUUUUGAUUUUGAGGGUACAGAGCUUCGCCUCAAUCCCAACUGCUUUGUAGCCAUCACCAUGAACCCUGGAUAUGCAGGAAGAUCAGAGCUUCCUGAUAACCUGAAAGUUUUGUUUAGAACAGUGGCAAUGAUGGUACCCAACUAUGCUCUGAUCGCAGAGAUCUCCCUUUAUUCUUAUGGCUUCUUGAAUGCCAAACCACUUUCAGUGAAGAUAGUAAUGACCUACAGGUUGUGUUCUGAGCAGUUGUCCUCCCAGUUCCACUACGAUUAUGGAAUGAGAGCUGUCAAAGCAGUACUUGUGGCAGCAGGGAACCUCAAACUCAAAUUUCCAAAUGAAAAUGAAGAUAUUCUUCUUCUACGGUCCAUCAAGGAUGUGAAUGAGCCCAAGUUUCUCUCCCAUGAUAUCCCUCUCUUUAAUGGAAUUACCAGUGACCUCUUCCCUGGAGUUUCUCUGCCCAUGGCCGACUAUCAGCUCAUUCUCGCUUGUGCUCAUGAAUGCUGUAUAAAGCACAAUGUCCAGCCUGUGGACAUUUUCCUGGAUAAAAUUAUACAGACUUAUGAGAUGAUGAUUGUACGCCACGGGUUCAUGCUUGUUGGUGAACCUUUUGCUGGCAAAACCAAAGUGCUCCAUGUUUUAGCUGACACCCUCACACUUAUGAAUGAGAGGGGCUACAAUGAAGAGGAGAAAGUCCAAUAUCUCACCGUCAACCCUAAAGCCAUUACAAUGGGCCAGCUUUUUGGUCAGUUUGACCCAGUGUCUCAUGAGUGGACUGAUGGGAUUGUGGCAAAUACAUUUCGGGAGUUUGCCUCAGCCGAGACCCCAGACAGGAAGUGGGUGGUGUUUGAUGGACCAAUUGACACACUUUGGAUUGAGAGCAUGAACACUGUAUUGGAUGACAAUAAAAAGUUGUGCCUCAUGAGUGGAGAAAUUAUCCAGAUGUCUAAUCAAAUGAGUCUGAUUUUUGAGGCAAUGGACCUAUCACAGGCUUCACCAGCCACAGUGAGCCGUUGUGGAAUGAUCUAUAUGGAGCCGUCUCAGCUGGGAUGGCCUCCUCUGGUGUCAUCCUGGUUAAAAACUCUACCCCAGCCUCUUCAGACCCCAGAGAAUUCCACGCUGCUGCUGGAGCUGUUUAAUUGGCUGAUCCCCCCAGCACAAAGGAUGUUAAGAAAAAACUGUAAGGAAGUUGUCUCCACCAGUAACAGUAAUACAGUUGUGUCUCUUACACGACUCUUUGAAAUGCUUCUUACGGAACCUGUAAAUGAAGAGCCUGGAAACAAGAAUAUUCGUACAUGGGUUAUGGCUGCCUUUGCCUUUUCUUUGGUGUGGUCUGUUGGUGGAAGCUGUGAUGGUGACAGUCGUGAAAGAUUUGAUAAGUUUCUGAGGGAAAUCAUAAUGGGAAAAUCAGACCAGCACCCAAUCCCUGCCUCUGUCUCAAAAUGGGAAUGCCCUUUCGAUGAGAAGGGUCUCGUUUAUGACUAUUCUUAUGAGUUCAAAGGGAAAGGCCGUUGGAUUCAUUGGAAUGAAUCAAUAAAGAAUGUCACGCUAGGGGACAAGAACACCAAAGUGCAAGACAUCAUUGUCCCUACAAUUGAUACAGUGCGCUACACCUACCUAAUGGACCGCUGUAUUAAUUAUGGAAUGCCUCUUCUUUUUGUUGGCCCCACUGGCACUGGAAAGUCUGUUUAUGUGAAGGAGAAACUGAUGAACAGCCUAGACAAGGACCACUACCUUCCAUUCUUUAUUAACUUUUCAGCUCGCACUAGUGCUAACCAGACUCAGAACUUAAUUAUGUCCAGGCUGGAUAAGAGAAGAAAGGGAGUAUUUGGACCUCCGAUGGGAAAGAAAUGCAUUAUUUUUGUGGAUGAUGUGAACAUGCCAGCAAUGGAAGUGUUUGGUGCACAGCCUCCUAUUGAACUGCUUCGUCAGUAUUUUGACCAUGGGAAUUGGUAUGACCUAAAAGACACCUCCAAAAUCACUUUGGUUGAUCUGCAACUGAUCGCAGCUAUGGGUCCCCCUGGUGGUGGGAGGAAUGCGGUGACCCCUCGUUUCCUGCGUCACUUUAACAUUUGUAGCAUCAAUGCAUUCAGUGAUGACACCAUGUCACGAAUAUUCUCUAACGUGGUUACCUUUUACUUCCGUAACAAUGGUUUCCCACCUGACAGCUUCACCGUAGGCAACCAGAUAGUUUCUGCUACCUUGGAGGUUUAUAAAAAAGCAAUGCAAAACCUGCUUCCCACCCCUGCUAAAUCUCAUUACACGUUCAACCUGAGAGAUUUCUCACGUGUAGUACAGGGCUGCCUGCUACUAAAGAAGGAAUCUCUGGAGAGCAAGCACACCUUGAUUCACCUGUUUGUUCAUGAGGUGUUUAGAGUCUUCUACGAUCGCCUGGUGAAUGCUGAGGACCAAGCAUGGCUCUACAGACUAAUGAACACCAUUGUAAAAGAACAUUUUAAGGAAAACUUUGACACAGUCUUUGAGCACCUCAAAUCUGACAAAAAAUCUCUGUGUGAGGAGGACAUGAGGAGCUUGUUAUUUGGAGAUUACAUGACUCCUGAUGUGGAUCCCAGUGAGAGACUAUACGCAGAGGUUCCCAGCAUGGAGAGCUUCAGUCAGGUGGUGGAGUCCUGUCUGGCAGAGUACAAUCAGACACACAAGAACCGUAUGAACCUGGUCAUCUUUCGCUAUGUCCUAGAGCACUUGUCCAGGAUCAGCCGUGUGCUGAAGCAGCCUGGAGGAAAUGCUCUGCUGGUGGGAGUUGGUGGAAGUGGCCGUCAGUCCAUCACUAAACUGGCCACCUUCAUGGCUGGCAUGACUCUGUUCCAGCCUGAGAUUUCUAAGAACUAUGGCAUGAAUGAGUGGAGAGAUGACCUUAAGCUUUUGCUGAAGAGAGCAGGUGUGAAGGGCGAGAAGACAGUGUUCCUGCUUACGGAUGCUCAAAUAAAAGAGGAGGCCUUUUUAGAAGAUGUGGACAGUGUGUUAAACACCGGCGAGGUUCCAAACAUAUUUGCUGUGGAUGAGAAGCAAGAGAUAAUGGAGGCAGUGCGGCCCAUAGCCCAGGCUGGUAAUAAGAAUUUAGAGUUCAGUCCUCUGGCUCUGUUUGCCUACUUUGUAAACCGCUGCAGAGAGAACUUGCACAUAGUAGUGGCAUUCAGCCCUAUUGGAGAUGCCUUUAGAAACCGCCUGAGGCAAUUCCCAUCUCUUAUCAACUGCUGCACAAUCAAUUGGUUCCAGCCAUGGCCAGAAGAGGCAUUGGAACGAGUUGCCAACAAGUUUUUAGAGACUUUAGAGAUGAGUGACCAUGAACGGCUAGAAGUUAUGUUAAUCUGCAAGACUUUCCAUACUUCUGCUACUGAUCUGUCCAAAAGGUUUCUGUCUGAGCUUGGUCGCCAUAAUUAUGUGACUCCCACUUCCUACUUGGAGCUGAUAGCUGCAUUUCGGCUGCUACUUACUCAGAAACGGGACACUGUAAUGAAGGCAAAGAAGAGGUACACUAAUGGGCUAGACAAACUGGCUUUUGCUGAGUCUCAGGUGGGUGAAAUGAAGAAGGAGCUUGUAGAUCUUCAGCCCAAACUGGAACAGGCCAAGAUUGACAACACCAGUAUAAUGAAGGUGAUAGAGGUAGAGUCAGUGGAAGUGGAGGCUAAGAGUAAAGUUGUGCGUGUGGAUGAGGAGGCAGCUACUCAAAAGGCAAACGAAGCACAGGAUCUGAAGAAUGAGUGUGAGAGUGACCUUGCUGAGGCCAUCCCUGCUCUGGAGGCAGCUCUUUCUGCUCUUGAUACUCUGAAGCCCUCUGACAUUACAAUUGUAAAAUCUAUGAAAAACCCUCCAUCUGGAGUGAAGCUUGUGAUGGCAGCAGUGUGUGUAAUGAAGGAUAUUAAGCCUGAGAAAAUCAAUGACCCUGCAGGAACAGGAAAGAAGGUAGAAGACUAUUGGGGUCCAAGUAAGAAAUUGCUGGGUGACAUGAGUUUCCUCAGGGACCUGAAAGAAUAUGACAAGGACAACAUUCCUGCACCAGUCAUGCACAAAAUCCGUAGUGAGUAUAUGACCAACCCCGACUUUGACCCUACAAAAGUUGCCAAGGCUUCCUCUGCAGCUGAGGGUCUGUGCAAAUGGAUCACUUCUAUGGAGGUUUAUGACAGAGUGGCAAAGGUAGUGGCUCCUAAGAAGGCUAAUCUGGCUGUGGCACAGCAGUCACUGGCUGCUACUAUGGCCCUGCUGAAUCAAAAGAGAGCAGAACUGAAAGAAGUGGAGGACCGCUUGGCUUCCCUGCAGAAAACAUUUGAGGAGAAGACUGAAGAGAAGGCUCAGCUAGAAUUCCAGGUGGAUCUUUGUGCCCGCAAGCUGGAGAGAGCUGAAAAGCUCAUCGGGGGCUUAGGAGGAGAAAAGACCAGGUGGUCUAAAUCUGCAGAUGAACUUCAGAACACGUAUGAUAAUUUGACAGGGGACGUGCUGAUUUCUGCUGGUGUAAUUGCUUACCUCGGAGCCUUUACUGCUGGCUUCCGCCAGGAUUGCACCAGGGACUGGACUAAGCUCUGUAAGUCCAAGAAGAUCCCAUCCUCAGAUGACUUCUCUCUGAGUAAAACCCUUGGUGACCCUAUCAAGAUCAGGGCCUGGAACAUCUCUGGUCUACCCACUGAUAGUUUCUCCAUCGACAAUGGAGUCAUAGUGAGCAACUCCAGAAGAUGGCCUUUGAUGAUUGACCCACAGGGUCAGGCCAACAAAUGGGUGAAAAACUCAGAGAGAGAGAACAAUCUCACUGUGAUAAAACUCACUGAUGCAGACUAUAUGAGGACCCUGGAGAACUGCAUCCAGUUUGGAACUCCACUGCUGUUAGAGAAUGUGGGAGAAGAACUGGACCCCUCUAUAGAGCCCUUACUGCUCAAACAGAUAUUUAAACAAGGAGGCAUGGACUGCAUUAGGCUGGGGGAGAGUGUGAUUGAGUACUCCAGUGAUUUCCGGUUUUAUAUCACUACUAAGCUUAGAAACCCUCAUUAUCUCCCUGAGCUGGCUACCAAAGUGUCCCUGCUCAACUUCAUGAUCACUCCAGAGGGUCUGGAAGACCAGUUGCUGGGCAUUGUGGUGGCAAAAGAGAGGCCAGAGUUGGAAGAGGAGAGGAAUGCACUCAUUCUUCAAUCUGCUGCCAAUAAGAAGCAGCUGAAGGAAAUUGAGGACAAAAUCCUGGAGACUUUACAGUCCUCAGAGGGGAAUAUACUGGAGGACGAGACUGCUAUUCAGAUCCUAGACUCCGCAAAGAUAAUGUCUAAUGAGAUCUCCAAGAAACAGCAGAUCGCAGAGAAGACUGAAAUGAAAAUAGCAGAGUCUAGGGAAGGCUACAGAGCCAUUGCCAAGCACUCAUCCAUCCUGUUUUUCAGCAUUGCAGACCUGACCAACAUUGACCCCAUGUAUCAAUACUCACUUAGUUGGUUUGUCAACCUAUAUAUCAACUCCAUACAGGACAGUAACAAGUCAAAGAUUCUAGAGAAGAGACUGAGAUACCUGAUUGAUCACUUUACCUACAACCUAUACUGCAACGUGUGUCGCUCUCUCUUUGAGAAGGACAAACUGCUCUUCUCCUUCCUCCUCUGCUGCAAUCUGCUCUUGGCUAAGAAGGAGAUUAAGUACUCGGAGUUCAUGUUCCUGCUCACAGGUGGAGUGGGUCUACAGAAUGAUGUGCCCAAUCCUGAUCCCAGCUGGCUCCAAGAGAAGAGCUGGGAUGAGAUCUGUCGAGCCAGUGAACUACCUGGCCUACAGGGCCUCAGAGAGAGUGUCAUCAAGACACCUGAGAGCUUCCUGCCUAUUUAUGAUAGUAAGGAGCCUUAUAACACUCCGUUACCGAGCCCAUGGUGUGACAAACUUAAUGACUUUCAGAAAAUGAUCAUCUACCGCUGCCUCAGGCCAGAUAAAAUUGAACCAGCCAUUGCCAGUUAUGUGACUGACAAAUUGGGCAAAAAGUUUGUUGAACCACCGCCGUUUGAUCUAAGUAGGAGUUACAAUGAUUCUAAUUCGACCAUUCCACUGGUGUUUGUGCUCUCUCCUGGUGCAGACCCAAUGGCCAGUUUACUGAAGUUUGCAAAUGAUAAGAACAUGAGUGGUACAAAGUUCAAGUCAAUUUCUCUUGGACAGGGUCAGGGUCCUAUAGCUGUAAAGUUGAUUCAGUCUGCCAUGAAAGAAGGCACGUGGGUUUGCCUACAGAACUGUCACUUGGCUGUAUCUUGGAUGUCCACACUUGAGAAGAUCUGUGAAGACUUCAGCCCAGACACAUGCCACCCAGACUUCCGCCUCUGGCUCACCAGCUACCCCUCCCCCAUGUUCCCAGUGACCAUCCUGCAGAAUGGAGUAAAAAUGACAAAUGAGCCUCCCACAGGCCUAAGGCUGAAUCUGCUACAGUCCUACCUAUCAGACCCUAUCUCAGACCCUGAGUUCUUCUCAGCAUGUCCAAGCAAAGAACUUAUUUGGGAAAAGCUUCUGUAUGGGGUUUGCUUCUUCCAUGCCCUUGUUCAGGAAAGGAAGAAAUUUGGACCACUUGGUUGGAACAUUCCAUAUGGAUUUAAUGAAUCAGAUCUGCGUAUCAGCAUCAGGCAAUUGCAGCUCUUCGUGAAUGAGUAUGAGGAGGUUCCCUUUGAGGCCAUCACAUAUCUGACUGGAGAGUGUAACUAUGGUGGGCGGGUGACAGAUGACUGGGACCGCCGCCUCCUCCUGACCAUCUUGGCUGACUUCUACAAUAAGGACAUCAUCAAGAACCCCCGUUACAACUUCUCUCCUAGUGGAAAAUACUAUGCACCUCCAAAGUCCAUUUAUGAAGACUAUGUGGAGUUUAUCAAGAAUCUGCCCUUCACCCAGCAUCCAGAGGUGUUUGGUAUGCAUGAGAAUGUAGACAUCUCUAAAGACCUGCAACAGACCAAACUGCUGUUUGACUCCCUAAUCCUGACUCAGGGAGGUGGCUCAAAGGGAGGAGGAAGUUCUGGAGGUGACAGCAACCUGCUGGAUAUUGCUAGUGACAUCCUAUCUAAACUUCCAGAAAACUUUAACAUUGAGGCUGCCCUUGCCAAAUUCCCAGUGCGGUAUGAAGAGAGCAUGAACACGGUGCUUGUUCAGGAGAUGGAACGAUAUAAUAAUUUGUGCCAAACAAUUUGUGUGAGCCUGCAGAACCUGCUGAAGGCCAUUAAGGGGCUUGUCGUAAUGGAUGCAGAGCUGGAGGCAAUAGCAAGCAGCCUGCUUGUGGGAAAAGUGCCAGAGAAGUGGGCGAAGCGCUCCUACCCCAGUCUGAAGCCGCUGGGCAGCUACAUCACUGACUUACUUGCUAGGCUUAAAUUUCUGCGGGACUGGUAUGAGUCAACCAAGCCCAAUGUUUUCUGGCUGUCUGGAUUCUUCUUUACUCAAGCUUUCCUGACAGGAGCCAUGCAGAACUAUGCCAGGAAAUACUCGAUCCCCAUUGACCUCCUUGUAUUCGACUAUGAGGUUAUGGCAUUUGAUACCUCAACCACCUCCCCUGAAGAUGGAGUCUAUAUUCAUGGCCUUUUCCUGGAUGGAGCCAGAUGGGAUAAAAAAAAUGGUGUCUUAGCUGAACAGUACCCCAAAAUUCUGUUUGACGCAGUCCCCAUAAUAUGGAUAAAGCCGACAGAUAAGCGGAUUAUGACACAACCCAAGAACAUCUAUGUGUGUCCUCUCUAUAAGACCAGUGAGCGUAAGGGAACUUUGUCCACCACAGGUCACUCCACUAACUUUGUCAUCUCCAUGAUUCUACCCACAAGCAAGCACCCAGAGCACUGGAUUAAGAGAGGGGUGGCUAUGCUCUGCCAGCUUGACAGUUAAUGACAUAUCUUGUGACAUAUCUUGUGCAGUAUAAUGAAUUUUACAUAGGGGAUAACUUGUAAUAACCGCCUGCAUACUUUGUUUGGAAGACUUUACACUUUGCCUAAUGUAGAGAUGAAACGGUUACCGGUUUCACGAUAAACCAAGAUAAAAUUCCUUGACGGUUAGUAUUAAAGUGUCACAUUUAAUUAUCAGUAAAACUGUGUGCGAUUAUUGUGAUUUGUAAAACUUGUUGUAAAUGACGUCCACACACACCCAGCAUAAGUCUGACACAGUCGCAGCAUGCAACGUUGUUUUUUUUUAGUGUGAAAACGGACGCUACAAUUAAAAACUGAAUGAGUCUGAUCAAAUCGCCGUGAGCUGAAUGAGUCAGAGUCACAGCACAGAUCCGCAGGAGUCAGAUUUCAUUUAUCACUUGACAAAAGUGAGGCGAGCUGACUGACUGGAAGAUUGAGGUGAGCUGACUGACAGGAUUAGUGAGGCGAGCUGACUGACAGGAACAGUGAGGCGAGCUGACUGACAAGACGAUGGCAGUAGAUUUGGUUUAAUAUAAGCAAGUUUAUCAUUGUACUGUUUGUUGUUGUAGCGUUUUUCAUUAAGAAUAAUAAUGAACCCACCAUUCAAGCAAUUGCUGUUAAUUCAAAAGUGAAAUGCAUAGCCACAUGGGCAUUCCUAAGCUAUUUAAAAACGAGGGGGGAAAAAAGGGAAAAGUGCCAACGAAGUUCUGGCAAGCUCUGCAGACAGGGUUACCAUCUUCAAUUAAGUUUCCCUCAGCAUUUUAUAAAAUCCAAAAUAUGACCACACUUCGGAUUUGGUCCACUUGGAAGGUUGGGAAUUCUCCCGAGCGCUGUCAGUGCCUUCCGCCAUGUUCUCUAAUUGAACUAAAUGAUUUUUAUUACUAUAAAAAAAGCAAAACAACAGUGGGGGCAGCGCCGCGGUGGGCAAGUGAUGUAAUCGGUGUGUGGCCGAACACAAAUAUAAAACCUGUUUAAAUGAUUUCAGUGUGUGUAUCAGUAGAGCUGCACGAUUAUGGCCAAAAUGAUAAUCCCAAUUAUUUUGAUCAAUAUUGAGAUCUCGAUUAUUUAUUACGAUUUUUAAUUGAUUUUAGUGACAACAUAUUUUUAUUGCACUUUCACAUUUAUUUAGUUUUCUCAUGCCACAAUAUAACACAUAAGUUGGCAUGAGAAAACUUGAGCUAGUCAAUUAUGACAGAAUUUAGGAACAUAGUGUGAGCCGUGACAAAUUAAUUUACCUUCUGAUAAACUAAAUUUUAUAUUUUCAGUUAAUUUUACAGACUGUAUGCAAAAAACAACAACCGUUAACCUGUUCCACCUUCUAAACAAAUACAAUAAACAUCAAUGUUCAGUGUUUGAAGUCUGCUCCUCUUAAAUAUAUUUAAAGCUACACUAUUAGACAUUUUCCGCUGUCAUGGUUCUGGGCUGGAGUCAGUUCUCGAACCACUCUGUGUAUAUUGUGUAUAUAUCUGAAUAAUCUCAUAUAGGAACUGAUUGGGUGAGUUCAUUUACCCAUCAGAUGGGAAGCGCUUUAGUUUAAUGGUGUUAAAUUGUUUAGUUUAAUACUAUUAUUAAACUAAUAGUUUAGUUUAAUACUGAUGCGCCAAUCAGGAUUUUUUACAGCCGAUACCGAUCCAGAUACCAAUCUUUUUUUAGUUUAAACUUUAAUCAGGAGGUCUAUCAUAAACAGUUAAAUGUAAGCUCUCUGCUCAUGAUCACUGUUAAUUGAGUUAAAAUAAUAGCAAUGAGAUACUGCUGGUUAAUUGAUAAAUAAACAAGCAUAAAAAAAAAUAUUUUUAAAUAUCUUAAAAAUAAUAGAGA